CACACAGUAGGUGGAGGUGUUGUGCUUUCAGCUGGCUUCAGAAAGCGCGAAGAAAGUUGAGCUCAAGCAAGCUGUAUUGCUCGCAUCAUAGGAGAUGAGAUGUUAUUGACGUGAAAUCAUCGACGUAGUGAGAUUGAUCAAUGGUAAUACAUUUGUGGAAGUGAUGAAGGUUAAAAUAAAGCAGUGGAAUGGUGUGGCCUCCUGGUUGUGGGUGGCUAACGAUGAGAACUGCGGCAUCUGUCGAGCACCUUUCAACGGCUGCUGCCCAGACUGUAAGGUCCCAGGAGAUGACUGCCCGUUGGUUUGGGGUCAGUGCUCUCAUUGUUUCCACAUGCACUGCAUCCUGAAGUGGCUGAACUCUCAGCAAGUACAGCAGCAGUGCCCAAUGUGCCGUCAGGAAUGGAAGUUUAAAGAGGGAGACACUUCCUGAGGAGAUUAAAUAAGUGCACCACAGAUUGUUACUUUUGUUUGUUUAUUAUAAUAAAUGUUUUUAUGGUUAAAUAUCCCA